AUGCGCAAAUUAUACAACCCCAUCGGGUUUAAAAAAGGCUACAACUUUGUGCUAUGGCUCAUAUUUGCCGGCGCUAUGAUGGGCUUCUCCCUGGCCAGGAUCAUGUUCCUCAACUAUGAUGGAGUAUUCUGUGGUCCAUCCGGAAACGGAGCGACUCGUGCUGGCCCAGGUGAAUGCUGGCGCUACAACACUAAAGAUGUGUACAGGAUCGGCAUUCGAUUGCAUCUAUACACCAUCAUCCCGGCUGCAGUCUUGGUUUGCUUCCAAUUUACCCCAAUAAUCAGAUACAAAGCUAUUUUAUUCCACCGUGUCAAUGGAUACAUCAUCUUACUACUCAGCUUACUCGGCACGAUAGGCGUUUUCAUGAUUGCUCGAGUCGCUUUUGGGGGUGGCAUUGACAUACAAGUGGCCGUUGGUGUUAUCAGCAUCAUGUUUCUUGUUUCGCUGGCCAUUGCUUACUACAACAUCAAGAAGUUGCAGCUCGAGCAGCAUCGUGCCUGGAUGCUGCGCGCAUGGUUUUACAGUGCUUGUAUCAUUACGUGCAGAAUCAUCAUGGGCCUUUCAGCCAGUGUUAUUUCCACUUCAAGAAGUCCAUACUACAAGGCGCUGCCGUGUGACGAACUAGCGACCUUUUAUAAUACAACCGAGGCACUCGUUAGCACGUAUCCUGAGUGUCAUUUACUGAACAAUACGGCACCCGUGAGGGCAGAUUUGGUUGAAGGAUCAGAAGAGAAUAUCGCCGCGGCGUUGAAUUUGACCUUUGGCAUGGGUCUAUGGCUUGCACUUGUUCUGCAUGCCAUUGGCAUUGAAGUAUACCUUCACCUUACACCCGCAGAAGCAGAGAGACUUCGAAAUGUAUCGUACCAGCGCCAGCUUGAAGCAGGGUUCAAGAGUCCGGGUCGGGCUGGUCUUACUGCCGAUCGGCUAGGGGACUGUGCUCGUUGGAAUCCCACGAGCGAUAGAGAUAGAUUUGUUCAUGAUGAGGCUCAGUCUGUAUUGAGCGAUCUCUAA